UUAAGAGCCGAAAUUCAGUAAUCCGCAUAAUUGUUGCUCAUAUGCGUUAAUUUUCUUGCGCACUACCUGUUCGAUGAAUUACCGAUAGGCUCUUCUACGAAUUUUGGGUUCUUAAUCCAGCAAUUGAUAUGGGCUUUUUCCAUAUUUAAAGACCCAUUUCUGCUCUGAACAGAUUUAGAUUCUUACUAAAAUAAGAGCAAUCUAGACAAUGUCUGCAAUUAGAGCAAUUGGUAGGACGCUUUUUGCUGCAGUCAAGGCUGACACUUCAUCCGCAUCUUCUGCAGCUGCAGCUGCUGCUUCCACUGCUAGGACUAAACAUAACCCUCUUGAGGAUUUCUUCGAGGCUGACAGAAGUCCAGAUGAUGACAAGCCUGUUGUAUAUGGUAGGGGCUGGAAAGCUUCUGAAUUGCGCCUUAAAUCAUGGGAUGAUCUUCAGAAGUUAUGGUUUGUUCUAUUAAAGGAGAAAAACAUGUUGAUGACCCAACGCCAGAUGCUUCAUGCUCAGAACCUACGUUUUGCAAAUCCAGAACGUAUCUCCAAGGUAAGGAAAUCGAUGUGCCGAAUAAAGCAUGUACUGACUGAGAGAGCAAUUGAAGAACCAGAUCCAAGGAGGUCAGCGGAGAUGAAAAGAAUGAUAAAUGCUCUUUAAUAUCCUCAGUUUAGUUUAGUACUACAGGCUUGCUUGCUUUUACAGUUGGACUUGGGGAUAUCUCUGAUCCAUGCUCUUAUUUUAGUAGUCUAAAGGUAGGGCUUCUGGAUUUUGUGUUCUAAUAUUGUCCUCGGAUAAAACGGAUAAACGGAUUUUCUAUCACAUUGUUAAUGUAUCUCAAUGGAACUGCAAGGAUUUUUUGUUUUUA